AUGUCCGACAUGGAGGAUUUGGCCAAGCCGACCAUGCAGGCCAACGUGUCGGACAGCUACCCGCUGAACCCGGCCAGCGUGAUCGUAUCGGUAGUCUUCUCGCUCAUCUUCUUGCUGGGCACGGUGGGCAACAGCCUGGUACUAGCCGUGCUGCUACGGAGCGGACAGUUGGGCUACAACACCACCAACCUCUUCAUCCUCAACCUCAGCAUGGCUGAUUUCUUCUUCAUCAUCUUCUGCGUGCCCUUCCAAGCCACCAUCUACUCGCUGGACGGCUGGGUCUUCGGCUCCUUCAUGUGCAAGGUCGUCCACUUCUUCAUCAACCUCACCAUGUACGCCAGCAGCUUCACACUUGCUGCCGUCUCCGUUGACAGGUAUUUGGCUAUCCGUUACCCACUGCGUUCCCGAGAGCUGAGGACACCAUGCAACGCUUUGGUGGCCAUGGUGGUCAUCUGGGGCCUCUCUUUGGUGUUCGCGGGGCCCUACCUCAGCUACUACCGCCUGAUCGACUUCGCUAACGGCACCAUGUGCAUCCCCGGCUGGGACGAGCGCGACCGGAAGCUCCUGGACACGUGCACGUUCCUGUUCGGUUACGUGGUUCCGGUGCUCAUCGUCAGCCUGUCGUAUACACGCACCAUCAAGUACCUGUGGACCGCCGUGGACCCUCUGGACGGCAUGUCCGAGUCCAAACGGGCCAAGCGCAAAGUGACCAAGAUGAUCCUCAUCGUCACGGUGCUCUUCUGCAUCUGCUGGCUGCCCUACCACGUGGUCAUCCUUUGCUACCUGUACGGAGACUUCCCCUUCAACCAAGUGACGUACGCUUUCCGCCUGCUGUCGCAUUGCAUGGCCUACGCCAACUCCUGCGUCAACCCUAUCGUCUACGCGCUGGUCUCCAAGCACUUCCGCAAGGGCUUCAAGAAGGUCUUCAGCUGCCUGCUCAGCAAAAAGGGGCGCAACAAGGUCCACGUGGUGCACGUGGCCAACACCGUGCCAGGCUUCGAGGCCGGGUCCACCGAGGUGUCGCAGAUGAACGAGGAGAAUGCUCGCAACAAUGAGUGCGAGAUGACCGACAGACGGCCGGUCCAGCCCCGGGAGCCCACCGUCACCCUUGACUUGCCCUUUCAACACCCCACCUGA